CCAACACCUGGAAAUAUGAAACACGCACCACAGAUGUUCACCGACAAGUGUUCUUUGUGUAAACGGACAUUGUUCUCCGGCAAGAAGACCUCAGUUAAUCUUGUACUAGACUCCCUUCUGUUACUGCAAGGUUCCUCUGAGUUAAGAGUGACGGAAUUCGUCAUCAUGAAGUGGUGCCUUGCUCUCUUGGUCCUCGGAAUGGUCUGCGUGGCCCAGUGUAACAUUUACGACUAUCCUGAAGAGGAGCAGAUCGAGAAGUUGGAGAGCCUUCUGCUGAAACUCCUCCAGCCUAGGCCACGACCUGUCAUCCAGAUCAGCGAGCAACUGCACAUCAAGGCAUCCAAGUGUUGUCAUGCUGUGCCUAUAAUGGACUGCUGCACCCCUUCCGACUGCUGUACACUGGGUCUGGAAUCCUGUUGUAAAUAGAUCGUCAAACAAGCUAGCCAUUGAAGAAGAGAUUGAGGUUAAAAGAAAGAAAAAAAGUAUCCUUUGGUUUUGUUUUUCGAAGAUGCGGGCGGUUUGUUAUUUGAAAUUUUGAGUAUUUGAUGUUGUUUAAAUGGAAAGAAAUAGAUUUUGGUUUUCGGUGACAUCGCCUUCAAAGCCAUCCGGUAAUGUAUUUAUUUAGAUUGAAAAAAAAGUGUUUAUUGUGUAAUUUUAAAUAUAUAUAAAUGACCAUCAUGCUAUCAGCGGCAUUUCUACAUUAAAAACAUUAAUAACAGGAA